AUGAAAACAGAGGAUACGGAAGAGCACUGCUUCCCAGACACCAACUGGGCUGCUUACAACAUCAAAGAUCUCGAUACCUGUUUGUCUGACCUUCGCACUUCUCGCCAAGCCCAUAACAUAAAUCUUGUUUACAUCAUCCCAGAGAACUUUCAGGCUAGCAACAUCCUCAUCAUCUGGGUCAGUGGCUCCAGCGACGAACGCGCCGAAGCUGUUGAUUAUUUCACACGACUCAUCAGAGAUAAACAGCUCACCGACAAUGGGGGAUUACACACCUACGGUGACUCUUACAUUGUUAUCCCUGACUCUCUUCACUGGAGCGAUAAAAUCCGGCACGUUCAGGAGUUUGCAGACCAUUCUGAGUGA